AUGACAGCGCUUCCGAUCCCAGGCCACAGACAUAGAAGAAUUCAUCGCAAAAAUAUAAUAUAUUCGUUUGUUCUUUGCUCUGUUCUAGUUUUUAUGGUUUUUCAAAUCAGAUUUUUAACGAAAGGGCGAAGUGCAUCAGGACCUAUAAUAGAAGUAAAGAAAGAGAACAAAACUAAGAUACCUGUCCAAGAAAAUAUUGAAAUUCCACCCCCUGUAGAAGAAAAAUACGAAAUUCAAUGGAAACAAAUCGACUCUAGUAAUAACUUACUUAAUAAUGGAACAUUCACAGAACAAGGAACAAUAAAACGCGAUUUAAAGGUAAAUAUUGAUGCAAAUGAAACAAUAUUUUAUACAAAAUUGCAAAAUGUAUGCGUAUUUCCUAAUUCAAACAUCGAAAACAAAACAUUUACGUUUAGUAUAGAAAAUACUUGUCAAUCAAACGCCGAUACAUCAGGAUUAAGUGAUCUUCCACAAGUUUCAGUUGAAAAAGCUGUAUUCAUCUCACACAACACAUAUAGCUCCAUGUCAGAUCGUUUACUAUACGAAAUACCACUUAUAUCCUUAAUUCCUUCUGAAGAAAGAAGUGAUUCGGUUUUAUUAAUCACAACUUUUUGGAAAAAGGACGAAAUCGGGUUUGCAAAGAUUUUUGGUUACAAAGAUACACAGUACAUGCUUCCAAGAGGUAUUUGUGCCAAAGAAUUGAUCAUUCUAAGCGGUCCAUUUUGUCAUCAGAUUUCAUUUACUGCUUUAUCGAAAUUUAAGACGGGAUUACUUUCCCAUUAUCCUGUCCAAGGAAAGAACCCUCGCUCUGUCGUAUUAGCAACUACUGAUUCAGAGCGCAAUGACUUAUUCCGCAUCAAAUCCGAAUUGGACCAAUAUUUUUCUGAUGUCACUUUUAUGAUUCCUCCAACUAAAUAUGAAUCAGUUUCAGAUCGUUUGAAGUUCUGGUCAGAUGCUAGAAUUGUUAUUACAUCAAUAAAUGGCACAAAUGGGAAUGAAAUAUGGAUGAUUCCUGGAACAACGAUGUUGAUUUUGUCUGAUGUUUCUCAUUGUUUCCAUUCGCAAAUUUCUCAUAGUUUUGGAGUGAAUUCUGUUGAAUUGUUAGUUGGUUUUCCAACAUUCCAGGGCUUGAGAAGUUCUGAUAUUCUUAUGACAAUCGAAGAAUAUCUCGUAAAGGAACAAUUGACUAUUAUAAGGCGAAAAUUAGGUAACGAUGCAGAUGACAUUUUCUAA